GCACAUUCCCCGGGAGAAGAGGUUGUGGAUAUACGGAGGCUCGGCCACGAAGCCCGCUUCCUUCACUGGUUGGCCGCACGGGCGCCGUAGUGCUGGUGGACACGCUCUCUUUCCCCCUUGGCGUCGCGGGAUGGGCCCGUCCGGGCCGCCUUGCGCAUGCGCCCAGGCCGCGACGGAGGCGGGGCGGGUCGCGGCUGGGAGUUCGCUUCCUGCGGGACGGCUGUGCGAGCCCUGGGCACCCGGCCUUCGGGUCUCUGUAAGACUUGGCUUUCGGCCGCGAGUCGGUUGUACUGCUGUGAUCAUCACCUCCCAAAGAUGCAUCCUGACUUAUCUUCGCACUUGCACACUGAAGAAUGCAACAUCUUGAUUAACUUGCUUAAGGAAUGUCACAAAAAUCACAACAUUCUGAAAUUUUUUGGUCAUUGUAACGCUCUUGAUCGGGAGAUGAGAAAAUGCUUGAAGAAUGAGUACAUGGAAAAGAGGACCAGGAGCAGGGAGCAUGGCAAUGCAAUGCGAAAAAGACUUUUCAGUCCUCUGGAGGAAUCAGAAAAAUAAUUUACAUUUUUUUGGGAUAUCUUGGCUGAGAGAAGACCUGAGGACUGUUGAUUGAUAGCCAAAAGAAUCUUAUCUCAUUUGUUGUCCAGAAUCUUUGAACAGAGAGUGAUCAUUGAAGAGUCAAACCAUGGAGAAAUAUGAAAAACUAGAUUCUGAGCAUUUGAGCAGAGCCUUCAGUACUAUCAACUCCCAACAAGCCCGACUUCCUCAAUGUUUUUGAUCUCUGUUGCAUCUGUGUAGUGUUUGAAUAACCUAUCUCCUUCAAUAAAGUAAUUCAAAUAUU